AUGGACAGUCUUGCACUGCCAUCAGAUGACGUCCAAUCCCAGGAACUCAAACGGUGGCUCCUUCGCCUGAAGUAUUCAUUUAUUCUUCGCCAACGACGUGCUGGCAAACUCCCCAGACGACGACGCCCACAGCAGCACAGUACGCUAAUUUCCAACCGUUGUCUUCAUCUCAAUGUCCUCCUUGGUUUGGCGGCAUCAGCCUAUUUUUUGUCCGGCAAGAAUCCCACACUGGAGCAGUUGCUUGAAGAAAGUGGUCUUCAGUCCGUUGAACAAAUCUUCACAGAACAAAGUCGACCGGACAAAACUCUGAAGGCCAGCGAUAUUAGCAGGCAGGAAGCACUGUCAGCCCUCUCUGCCGAUGCCCGCUUGCAGCAGUUCAAUUCGACUUGCGACCCGGACUCCCGUCUAUACCAGGGCCAAUUCCUUUCCUCGAGGACGCCUGUGCCUCCUCCUCCUCCUCCUCUUCCCUCCGCGACAUCUUUGCCGCCAGCUUGCGCUUCCCAAUCCUCACUUCCACCCAAGACGGUCAUAUUUGACAGUGUCAGUUUGUUCGUUGAGCGGAUUGAAGACAACAAGCAGAGCAUUUGGAUUCUUUCCGUGAAAAAUUCCGCCGCGUCCACUCAACGGCGCUCAGCCCCUCUUGCUGCGCAUGGACGGAAACGGACUACCUGUUCCCAGACUGAUGAAUCAUCGGUUCCAGUCACUGCCACCACUUGGGGUCAUCUUGUGCGCCGGUUUGCGGCCUUUGAAAUACGCUUCGGCAUCCUGUUGUGUGACAAACUUGAUGAGUAA